AACACUAGUGUCUUAAGAGAAUUUUAUUUCUGUUGAAUUCCUUGUACCGAUUUCCUUAUUUCUGUUCAUUAAUCGUUAUACCAACGACGUUGUCUGCAGUCAAAUAAUAGCGGAAACCUUCUGAAUCCCUGGUACCAGAUUUUAAAUUUUUUUUCUUCCUGUCGCGUUACAAACCGUUCUAGAAAAUUCAUGAAAGUUAUUUUGCCUAUACAAAACGCCUGAUCACAAUUAUUAAUAUACGUUAUACUCAGGUAAAUAUUUAAAGACAAUAAUGUUUGACGGUAUCGAUUAAUUUUUCAUUACAGUAAAAUUCCAAACCUGUGUAAUGCUAAGUUCUUCAAAUGUUUAGUUAGAAACUCAUCAUGUUGGAAGUCAAGAGUUCAUUACCAAUGCUUCCAACUUCGGCCAGUUCAGAACUGGAUACAGAUUUAACCAGUCUCAAUUGGUUACACAGUUUAACGAAUAUACUGGCUGUGCCAUCAUUACCAACACCGCCAGAAUCGCCCAACUCACCUGUGCGUUCGGCUGACCAGAAUCCGAAAAAACUUCCCCACAAAAUACGCUUCCAAAUGAGUUUGGAAAGUGCUGAACAGUAUAAAAAAAAUGGUGACAAGAAACCGCCGUUUUCGUAUUCAACUUUAAUUUGUAUGGCCAUGAAAGCCAAAGGCAAUAAGGUUACGUUGAGUUCUAUCUACUGUUGGAUCAAAGAAAACUUUUUAUACUAUCGAAAUGCUGAUCCAAGUUGGAAAAAUUCAAUUAGACAUAAUUUGUCGUUGAACAAAUUUUUUGUCAAAGUACCACGUUCUAAAGACGAACCAGGUAAAGGAGGUUUUUGGAAAUUCGAUGUUGAUUGUUUAGAAGGAGGAGCACGGCGCAAACGAACAAGUAAUCGUAGACGGACUAGCCGAAUACAGACAAAGAGUGCGGCUAAGGUUCAGGACGUUAUGACUGCGGAAGAUGAAAAAGCGUUAGAGCUAGCUGUUCAGUCACUAGAAGAAGAACAGCGACAUAUGGAUAAUUUGGACGGUUUUAAUCAGCAACACCCGUUGAUACUUCCUGUGGAUGAAUCAAUGGGUGAACCUGAGUUGGUUUACAGCUGUUCCAUAAAUGCAGCAACCGUGGAUCCGUUCAUGUCUUCUGUGGUCGAUUACACUGUUAUUGACAUACCUAACGAACAUUCGCAGCAAAUGGCAACAGACGAAGAACUUACCAUGUUGACUAACUUGACGUGGGAUGACUCGCAAAUGGACCUGCUUGACUCGUUACUCGAUUCUUUAUAAAUUUGUGAUUCGAGUUUACAUCAUACGCGCGAAUUUGCCUUCAUAAGAUAAUCUUCAUAAAUGUUGUAAAGUGUCAAAGUGAAACUAGUCUCUUUUUGUUUAAUUUUAAUUAAAAUUACUUGAGUGAUAUUGAAAACUGUUUUAAUUUAUCUUUUUUAUAUAAAAUAUGAUUUGACUUGCUAGUUUUUUUAAAAUGUUUAUCAUGUUUAUUGACAAUUUAAUUUAACACAAAUAUGGAUGUUAAACAUUUGGCAUUAAUCAUUUUGUCUAUUAUUUGUAACAAACGACUAUUCAUGUCUAAAACGAUUAGGAAGUUUGUAUAUUAAUACAGAUAAUAAUUGUAGAUAAUAACAAUUAAAUUUAAUAUUUUUUUUGAAAAAAUAAACAUCUGUAAUAUUAACAAAGUAAUUUUUUGAAGAGUUUUAUCCAUUGAGCCU